UGGUUAUAAUUGCCUACUACAAAAAGAAUCUAAAUUUUUAUUUAGCACAAAUAUAUUAUAAAAAUGAGCAAUAAUCAUGUUAGUGAAUAAAAUUAGGUUGUCUAAAACGCACCAUACACAGAUAACUCACAUUAAAACCAAGGCAUAUCAUAAAAUCAAUUAGAUACAAAUAUUUAAUCUUAGAAAUAAAAUAUGCCAAAUAAUUUAGAAAAAAAGACUCAUGAACCAUAUAAAUCUAGAAUUGAAGCCCACGAUUCAGUCGAAAGUAGUGAAUUAAUAAAUUAAUUAGCUUAAUUAAGUUCAUAGAGAAAAAAGCAGGACCCUUCUGGAGAUAGCAAGCUCCUUGAAGAACCUAAUGAUAUAGAUGAUGAUCUUAAUUUCUCAUAAAAUACAUUUGAAACAAAAGAUAUUCCAUUCAAUAUUGACACAUAAAUGACAGAAACUAAUCCAAAAGUAUAAUCUGCAGCUAGAAAUAAUUAAAUUUUAUAAGAUAAUUUAGAAGAUUCUUUAGAAAAGGGAAACAAUAAUUUAGGCUUUAAAAAUAAUCUUGCCAAUAAAUAAAAUGCUGAUUAAGUCCAAAAGAAAUAAGAUGAUGAAAAGCAUAAAUAAAUAAUGAUCAUAGAGAAUAAUUAAUUUGAUAAAAAAAAUGAUAAAUUAGAUGAACAUAUGCAGGAAACACAUAUAAACUAAGUAUAAAAUACUAUUCCUUAAAAUCCAUAAUAGUUAUUAUAAGAUUAGGCAGCAAAUUAAAUAAAUUUAUAAGAAGUUGCUAAAUAGCUUCAAGCUGGAGAAUAAAUAAAAUAUUUUCCUUAAUAAACUGAUAAAGAAAUUAAACCAGUUACAAAUUAAUAAAAAGAUUUAUAACAAAAGGGAAUUGAUUAAAAACUUGUUACUUUUUAAGCUGAAAAUGUUGUAGAAGAUUCAUAAAAUGAGGGAGAGUUUUAAGAAAAUUUGGUUCAAUACAAUUAGUAAAACAUACCUACUACCUAAUAAAAUUUAUAAACUGUAUAAGAAGAAAGUAACAUUUAUUAGAGUUCAAAAGGUAGUAUUAUUCCACCUUAGACAUUUAUUUAAUUAAAUGUAAAUGAAUAGCAAGAAAACCAUACCUAAAAAAAACCUUUUGACUAUUAAUAGCUUGAAGGAUUUUUAAAAAAUUAAAAAAGAAACAUGGUCUUUCCUAAAUAAAACGAAAACUAAGAAAUAAUUGAAAAAUACAAUGAAAAUAUCUUAUAUCCUAAUUAAGAAAACUAAUUCGGAGAUAGUAGCCCCUUAAUAAAUAAAGGUAAUGCUUCCAAAAAUUCUGGGUUAAAUAUAAGCUCUGAAAAUUUCAAAUUCACAGUUUAACCAAUUGUUAAUUCUAGCUAAUUCUUUCAUUAAGAACCUAGAUCAAAUAAUUCUCCUCAAUAAAUAUAAUUGGAUAAUGGAAAAACAAACUUGAAGGCCUAAGGAAAUAGGAUAAUGAGCAACAGUGGCAUUAAAUAAGUAGGUUUUGUUGACGACUAAUAAUAAAAAAUUAAUUCAUAGUCACUUCAAGUUAGUGAGAUGUAUUAGUCUAAUUUUUAUUAAGAUGUAGCACCAAGUGGGAAACAUUUGUCUGACUAAACUUUAAUAAGUAUUACUAAUAGCAGUUAACCUUCUAACUUGGUUAAUCGUUUAAGCAAUUUUAAAUCAAAUUAAGAAGACUUUUAAAAUGACUUUUAAUAGUAGCAAUAGCCUUAGUAAAAGUAGUAGAUGAAGAGAUUUACUAAUUUAAGAGAGUCUAUGAAUGAAGAUUAAGAUAUUCCUGAAGAGCUAAGUAUUUUGUCAAAGAAUACUGUUUAAAAAUAUAUGGCUGAAUAGGUUAAUAUAAUUGGCAGUGGUACAAGUAUCAAAGACGCUAAGAGAUAAUCAACCGCAAGUAUGCUAACAGUAGAAAGUAAAGAUAUGGAAGCAGCCACUUAAGAUUAGGUUAGAAAAAUAGUUGCUGAGUAAGUUGAAAACAUGAUUAAAUCUAAAUUAGAUGGAUAAUCCUCAACAAAAUAAAAUAAUUUGAUUUUUAAUAAUGAAGAUCUUUUUAGAUAAGUGAUAAGGGAAGAAUUACAAAACUUUUUAAAAUAAAAUGCUAAUUUAAUACGCCCUGGUUCAAUAAAUUAACUAUCUUCUCCCUCUAAUAGCUAUCAAAACUCUCGAAUUCAAGAUAGGAAAAAUGCUAAUAAAUAAUUUGAAAAAGUGUCUGAAAAAAAAUUCUCAUCGGCUUAGAUUUCUCAAAGGGAAAUAGAGCAAAUGUCUUUAAAAGAACAAUUAUAAAUAGCAAAUUAAAAUCCUUCACCUUAUCUUAAUAACUAAGAUAUAGAUAAUAUUAUUGAUGAAUCUAUUUAAAAGCACUAGUUUGCUUAGCUUCAAAAUAAGUUCAGUCAAUUUUAAAAUUAAUAGUAAAAUUUUGACAGGAAACCUGUAAGUUAGAACACUCCUGAAACUGCUUAAAAGUUAACUAAUAAUAGAGAUUUCAAUACUAGAGAGUUUGAAGAAACAAAAAGGAAAACUGAUUAUAAUAAAUAUGGUGAUUUUCCAAUUUCAAUAACAGGAAAUAAUCAAAAAAACAAUUAAAAUUAAUAAAUAUCAAAUAAAUCCUAUAAAGAUUAAUACUUAUUGUUCAAAAAUGGUAUUUAAAAUGAGCAAAGUAAUAACAACGAUAGUUUGUAAAAUUAUACUCAAAAUCAUUAAAUGUUUGCUGAAUAAAAGCAAAGCAAUAGACAAAUUCAUUAGAAUUCUCAUAUUACUACAGAAAACAGUCCUUAAUUUGCAGUUGAAAGAGAUUCAUUAAGAUUAGCUGAAAUUUCAUUUAGUAUGAAUAGAUAAUAAGCUAAUCAAAUAAAUAGACCUUCACUCAUAUCGAAUGAAUCUCAUUCAUCUAAUUAAAAUUUUAAUCAUAAUCAUUUAUAAAAUAAAUAGAGUCAUUAUUAAUAAUAUUAGUAAAGUAGAAAUUUACUUUCUAAAUAAUCUGAUUAUAGCAUUUCCAGUUUUGCUCCUCUUCCUCCAAUUAGACAUAGUAAGAGUUAAUAAGAUUCUAAUAUGAAUUAGUAAGAUUCGUAGAGAGAUACUCUUCCAGAUGCACCUUUUUCUAGUGCUCAGUCACCUACAUCUUUGUUAGUUCAAUCAGGUUAAGAAGGCUUAGAAUAAAAAUUAAACUAUUAAAAUUUAAUAAUAAAUCCACCGAAAAGACAUCUACGAGCUUAAAGUGACAAUGAAAACGAAUAUCAGAAUGCUAAUAUCUAAAAUAAUAAUUAUAUGAUGGAGUCAAGCAUUAUUUAAAGGAACAGUGAUUAGCACUAGUCGAUAGAAUCUAUAUAAAACUAAGUUUUCUAUAAUUAGAAUUAAGGAAUUUUUAACAGCUAAAAGAAAAUCAGAUAACCAACCAAAGGAAAUUAAGGAUACUAAAAUUAAUAAUCUAUUACAUAAAUAUGGGAAAAAUCUUUAGAUUUCUAAUCAAGGGGACAGCUUAACCGAGCAUACUAAAUGUUAUUAGACAUAGAGGAUGAUAUCUAUUUGCUUAGAAUGAUGAGUAUAACUGGACCUUGUUUUUCUAAACUAAACCAAAAUGUAGGGAAAAAGCUUAUAAGAAGAAUCAACAAAAUAACUCAAAGUUAGUUUAUGGAUAGUAUUAGCUUUUAGUUAUUUUAAAAAAUAUACGAAUAAGACCUUUUGGAAGAUUUAAAUUUAGAAGAUCAUUAGAGCAUUAAAGAAAUCCUCUAUGAUAUUUCUGCUACUCCUUUUUUAGGAGAGUAGGCAGCUAAAUUAUACAAUCUAAUUGAUAACUAAGAAAAUAGUUGA